AGUCCCAGUCGCGUCGCAUAAGGCGAGGGCGGAGUAGUCGAUAAAAACACAGCCAUAUUCAAUCAGCUGCUCCUAUUUCGAUUUUUCUUCGAAAAUUAUAGAGAAAAGACUGAUAUUUUCUAGUCAAAAUCUCUUUCAAUAUAUGAAGAUGUUACGAAUGUAAAUACGAAUCGAAAAACGCUCUCGUUGGGGGAGUUUUCCUUCUCAAAUUCGUCAUUUUUCGCAUUGUAACUAAAGGUAAGAAAAAUCAAAUUCUUUGUUUAUUGUAUAUCUCUUUGUAACCGUCACGCGUGUUGUUUAUGGGUUACACUAAGGACAUAAGGGUUAUUUGGCGCAAUAUUCCUAACAAUUCUCUUUAGAAAUUAGCCAUUAUUGAUUUUUACGAUGGGGGAGCGCCAACAAAAAUCAAUUAGAAAAACAAAUAGGCCGUAAGCCAUGAGCAUUUCAUCACUUAUGAUAGAGAAUUUAUUUAUUACGAGAACUUCAAACAACCCUUCACUUAUGUUAUACCUAUUCAAAUUUUAACCAUGAAACGGCCUAACUCGGUACGUUAUUCAGUCUUUAAAUUUUUGAAUAAACAACCAACAACGCCCUCAAAAACAUAUAGAAUAAGAAAACUCGGCCGUUAAAAUCAGAUUUCCUAAGAAAAGUGGUUUUUUACGAAAUAUUUAAUCUUAUCGAAGAUAAACCAAAUUUUUACCAACAAUCGAUGACUAUUCUGACGUCAGAAUUUUCAGUAUUACAAAAACAGAUUACACUUAGUUGUACGGUAGGCCUUAACAACAGCUGACGUAAAUCGUUAAAUAUCGUUUCGGCCUUCUAGAGCUAGAAUGUGUGUUUGAAAAUGUGUGAAUAAGCUAAGGAUUUUGUUUUCUAGAAGAGAGAUGGAGCGCCAGCAGCGCAGGGACAAUCACAUUAUGGAAAAACUCAUUCCAUUACUUCAUUCCCUAGCUGAAAAAGAAGAACGUGUUUGGCAGCCUGUAUUCUAUCCGACAAUGGAUAAUAAAGGCUAUGUGACUGGUAUUAAGAGAGAUGAGGGUGUACAACUUAUGAUCUGCAUGAACCAAGCGUUCAAUUUAUUGCCAGAAUCGCUUUCAUUGGGAAUUUCUCUGCUCGAUAAAUUCUUAUCUGCUUGCAAGGUACAGGAAAAGUACAUAAAUGUGGUAUCGAUAAGUUGUUGGUUCGUCGCAGUCAAAGCUGUUGAGGAAUCACACCCUACUGCCUACGAAGUAGUCCAGCAGGCUCGCGGAAUCAUCACUAAAGCCGAACUAUUACGAAUGGAGCGCAUUGUCUUGCGUAAACUCGACUAUGACACUCGUUCUGUUUGUAGCGUUGAAGUGCUGCAUGUGUUACACUCUCUUCUUCGUACCGCACCCUCAUCAGAAACUUGCCAUUCUAAUAAUUUGAAGGCGAUGACCGUGCAGCUCCUGAAGUGCCUUUCUUGGCAUGCUUUGGGGGCCACCGUUAAACCUUCUCUUCUGGCUUUAUCUGUUAUCACCGUUCAUUUGGAAAUGGUAUCCAGUUAUUGGGAAAGCAUGGCUAAACGCUUUUGUUUAAUUUUAAACGCCGAUAUGGAAUAUUUAAUUGGUCUCAAUGAGCAAGUUGGCCAAUUUAUAGCUUCCUGCUACGAACAAAUCAAACCUGAAAGGGGUCCAACUCCAAUGGAUCAUUAUGCUAUUGAAUAAAAAGGUUUCUCCACACUGGUAUACCGUUAUUUUAUCGCAUAGCUCUGACUGUUGAUUUUCAAAAAAAAAUUCUUUUAUCAUUUUUGUUCUGAGUAUCAGCCGUAUUUAGUUAUUCGUGCACAUAUUAUAUACUCUGUGAUCGGUACCCGUCUUGCGUAUGACUGAAACGCUAAGGAUAUCCUCAAGUAUUCUCUGAGAUUUCUCUGGUGAAAAAAAAAACUGUUACGUUUAUACUGGUCAUAUAUCUGCACAUUCAUUUUCUCUACUAUUAAAGAAGUGAAAGCGGAUUGUUCGCGGACAAAAUUUCAAUGGGUGCUUACAAAAACAAAAAAAAAAACUGUAUCUGUGUUUUUCAGUUAAUGACGAAGUAGUUACUGCAAAGACUAACCCACCAGUGUUAACGUCUAUUUUAUUCAACAUGUAUUAAAAGCUGUGUUCAAUGUAAUAGAAAUAAAUAGUUUAAGUAUCAUUUAACAGUUUUAAGAUGCGGUGUUAAAAAAAAGUGAAUUAUUUAUUGUAUUAUUUUAUUGAAAUAAAACUUUAUGAAAUCGAAAAAA